UCUCUGGCCAGGCGCAUGCUGGGAGCUGUAGGCAGGUGCAUGCUGGGAGUUACAGGCUCUGGCCAGGCGCAUGCUGGGAGCUGUAGGCAGGUGCAUGCUGGGAGUUACAGGCUCUGGCCAGGUGCAUGCUGGGAGUUGUAGGCAGGUGCAUGCUGGGAAUUGGCCAGUGUGCGCUGCCAGCGUGUGGGGCAGGAGGGGCAGAGACUCCAGCUCCGGCAGUGGCCCCCCAACCAUGCCGGCCACCUGCUCUGCCUGCGGCACCAGCCCGGCUGCCCUGCGGCGCCCCAAGACGGGCCAUGCCCUGUGCCGCGCCUGCUUCCUGGCGGCCUUCGAGGAGGAGACACACCAGGCCAUCGUGGCCGGGCGGCUCUUCCGGCCUGGCGAGACCGUGGCCAUCGGUGCCUCAGGUGGCAAGGACUCCACAGUGCUGGCCCACCUGCUGCAGCUCCUUGACCAGCGCCACGGCUAUGGCCUGCGCCUGCUGCUGCUCUCCGUGGACGAGGGCAUCGCCGGGUACCGCGACGCCUCCCUGGCUGCCGUGCGCCGCCACCAGCACCGCUCCGGCCUGCCCCUGCACGUGGUCUCCUACCGCCAGCUCUACGGCUGGAGCAUGGACCGCAUCGCCCGCCACCUCGGCCCCCGCAACAACUGCACCUUCUGCGGCGUCUUCCGGCGCCAGGCCCUCGACCGGGGCGCCCUGCUGAUGGGUGCUGACAAGAUCGCCACAGGCCACAACGCGGAUGACGUGGCUGAGACGGUACUGAUGAACUUCCUGCGGGGCGACGUGGGCCGGCUGCGUCGGGGGGCAGGAGCAGGGCCAGCAGGGGGGGAGGGGGCUGUGCCCCGCUGCAAGCCCCUGCGCCACGCCUACGAGAAGGAGAUCGUCCUCUACGCCUACUUCCAGGGCCUGGACUACUUCAGCACCGAGUGCGUCUACGCUCCCCAGGCCUACCGCGGCUACGCCCGCGCCCUGCUCAAGGAGCUGGAGGCCGCCCGGCCCAGUGCUGUGGCUGACCUGGGCCACUCGGGCGAACGGCUCUCGCUGCGCUCCGACCUCCGCAUGCCGGCCCGCGGCACCUGCCAGCGCUGCGGCUACGUGGCCAGCCAGCCCCUGUGCAAGGCCUGCGUCCUGCUGGAGGGGCUCGACCGCGGCCUGCCCAAGCUGGGCAUCGGCAAGCACCGGCGCCUGCGGGAUAAGCUGCAGGACGGGCAGCCCCUCACCCAGGAGGAGCGCAGGCGCCUGGGGGCUCUGGCCGAGGAGGAGCUGCCGGAGGAGCAGGUGCCUCGAGUGGAGCUGGGGAGAGACGAGGAGCUGUGGGGCAGACAGGAACUGAGGGGCCCACGGGACCUGGACUUCUGAAGUGGUGUGGAGCGUGCCACUGAGAACAGCCGUGCUCCUGUCCACAGCCCUGCGCGGGGGCGAGUGGGAUCCAGUGGGAUACAACAGGAGAUGGGAACCAGGACUCUUGCAUCUCUCCUGGCUCUGGAAGGGAAGUGGGGUCUCGUGGUUAGAGCAGAGGGGACUGGGAGCCAGGACUCCUGGGUUCUAUUUCCAAGUCACUGUGUGACUAGGUAAGUUACUUUUACCUCCCCGUGACUCAGUUGCUUCCUCCCAGCCUCCUAGAAUUGAGAUAAUGCAGCUUAUAUUUUGUAAACUGCUAUGAGAGCUGGUUAUGAUAAGUGCUCAGUAUGAAGAAACGGCUCAUGGUUCUCUUCUGUACCAGGAGAUUACAAGGACAUGUGAAAGAGCUGAUAAUAAAACUGUUUGCUGAAGAAGAAAUCACGCGGUAAACAGCCUCUCUAAUCUUUGGCAAUCACAUAACAAAAGACAGACAGGCCCUUAAAAACUAAAAACUUGGCUCGCAGGUUUAAACUCAGACAGGAACAAAAUAGGGGAUUUUCUACCAAAAAAUGUAGAAAACAAAAUUUGGAAAUGCCUGACUCCCAAUUUUUUUGUACCAGGUUGGACGUUGUUGCACUCCAAAGCUUAAUUUUAUUCCCAGUUGAAACAACUUUUCGGUUAGAAAUUUGAGCAAAUUCGCACGUUAAGGGGGCAAAGGUCCAAACUUGAGAUGAGAUAUUUCAAAAUGAUUGAAAGGAAACUGCUUGAGGGGUUGGAACUGAAGAAAAAGAUUUUCUCAUGUAAAUACUAGAGGCUUUGGACUUUUCAGUCUGAUUUGGGGCUGGGUAAUUUUUUCCUGAAAGUCUUGGGGCAGGGGAAACCUACAGCGUUUGUGGCCGGAUUACACAGCCCCAGAUUUUCCUGGGUCACAGAUUGCCUGGUUCAAACCACAAGGGUCAGAGGUGAUGUGAAGAGUUUUACAGAAAUGAUUUUUAGUAAAUCCACCCUGUAGAAAUAAGUGGCAUGUAGGAAUCUUUCUGUGCCAUUCCCAUUGUAUAGCGGGGAUGCGAUGUCCAUUUAUUCUCUAGAACAGGAAUUCUCAAACUGGGGGUCCCAACCCAAAAGGGGGUGGCAAGGCUAUUAUAGGGGGGUUCUGAGACCUGGGGGUACCAUAGUUGAAGGACACUGUCAGAGGAAAAGGGGAACUGGUGCGGGGGUGGGUACAGCUUUCUGGCCGCCCGGCUCUGAAGGCAGUGCUGCCGCCAGCAGCAGCCAAGGUGGCAGCACCUUACACCUGGGAGAGGACGAGGUUUCACUUUUAUUACAACUCAGCAGCAAGAAACGCGAAGUAGGGACCUAGGAGGACAGUUUGCACACCAGUGUGGCCUUUUAUUUAAUGGAACGUGAAUUUUGUAACGUAUCACACCACCGUGGGUUCAGAUCUAGCAGCUCCCGUUUCAAACUUAACAAAGUGAAAGCCACCUCUGCUAUGUGCUUUAGAUGUAGAACGGCUUGGCAGCCUUUCAGAAGUGGGGUGCCAAGUCUUCUUUUAUUCACUCUAAUUUAAGGUUUUGCACGCCAGUAAUACAUUUUAAUGUUUUUAGAAGGUCUAUGUCUAUAAGUCUAUAAUAUAUAACUAAAUUAUUGUUAUAUGUAAAGUAAAUAAGGUUUUUAAAAUGUUUAAGAAGCUUCAUUUAAAAUUAAAUUAAAAUGCAGAGCCCCCAGGACCGGUGGCCAGGACCCGGGCAGUGUGAGUGCCACUGAAAAUCAGCUUGCAUGCCGCCUUUGGCACACAUGCCAUAGGUUGUCUACCCCGAUAUAGAAUCUUGAGGAACACAAAGACCAAAGGUAGAGAACACACAGACAUUCACAAGUACAAGGUCUAGUCUGUUUUAUAGUAUUUAUUAAAGUUACAAUUAAAGUUAUUAACCAAGCUGAUCGCAAUUCUAGGCACAAGUUACAACUAUAGUUACACUCACAUCCUCACCAAUAGUGUUAGGUCUGAUGGGUCUCAUGGUUUGAGCAGAGGGAUGGUUCCUGCUGGAGAUUCCCAUAACGAGCUCAAUUUUCCCGCUCUGGGCACCUUGGUUUUAUGAUGACAGGUUUCAGAGUAGCAGCCGUGUUAGUCUGUAUCUGCAAAAAGAACAGGAGCCCUUGUGGCACCUUGGAGACUAACAAAUUUAUUUCAGCAUAGCUUUCGUGGGCUACAGCUCACUUCUUCGGAUGCACAGAAUGGAACACAUAGACAGAAGAUAUUUAUACAUACAGAGAACAGGCUGGAGUGUUUCAGUCUUUUCCGCACUGGAGCUCACCAUGGUCCUGUAGCCCCCCCUCCCCCCCACUUCAUCUCGGUUUCAGAUAAUAGGCCCUGAAUUUAAUCACUUGACAGACCCUAGCAAAGGUCGGGAAAAUUACUGUACCUCUGAGAUCUGCUCUAGCUCAACUGCCAGGCAGAAAACCCUGAAGUAGGUUCUCUUGGCUGUUGGAAAUGGCCAAUUCGUCACAAUCAAAAUGUUUGGUGGGGACGUGUGGAUUUGGGGGGUGGGGGGAAGUGUCUAAAUGACUUAUUUUGACAUUUUCAUUUCAGGUGCUAUUCCUGCCUGCUGGCUGAGUCCCUUUCUGUGACUCAGUUUCCCCUUGUCUAAUAUGGGCAUAUUGAUACUGACCUUUGUGAAUCGCUUUGAGAUCCACAGUUUGAAAACACCAGCUAGAGGGGAAGAAUGGGCCAGUGGUUAUUGAGCACUAGACUGGGACUUAGAAUUGCCUGAGUUUCCCUGCUGCACUACAGACUUUCUCUAUGGGCUGGGGCAAGUCACCUUAGGCAUCGAGAUUCCAUUGAAAUCCGUGAUGCUGCCUGAGUCUGCUGAGAGCCCAAUGUAGCAGUCGGAUUUUAUGUAUUUUAUAUAAUUUAGAAAGAAGAAUAAAUAAUAAUAAUGUAGCAUG